CUCGCUUGCCCUCCCAUCGGGCGAUCCUUCCGUCUGCGAUUCGUCCACGUCCUCCUGCUCUGGCGACAUCCAUGGCUCCAAAUCCAAACCGCAUACCUCCAUGCGACGUUGUCGGAACGUCUCGUAAAGCCUUUCCCAUGCCUCUCUCGCUUGGUCUCCCUUGGGCCGGAUUUGUACUCGAUCGGCAUACGGCACAUCGUAUUCUGGUCCGGGGAUUUCGGGGUCCGAAAGACGCACAUUCUGCGACUCAUACACAACGUUGCCCAUAGAAAGCGACCAUUCGGAGAUGACCGAUGACCGCAUUUCUUUCAGCUGUUGAAAACUGUCGCGCGAUGGAUGAAGCAAAAGCAGUGACGUGGACAAUUCCUGCCGCUCUGGGGUGGCCGGAUACGCUGCCAUCGGUGCAGAUGCGGAGAAAGCAAGGAGCGAGUCCAGCGCGGAAGCGUCGAGCAGAACACCUGGUCCUUGGAGAUAGAUCAGUCUUUCGUAGCUAGUCAGUGAAUACAGGCUCGCAAGUGAAUACGAAGAUGCAAGCGA